AUGGAACAGCCGCGAGAGGCGCAGCCCGUGGGCGACGUUCCGGAGGACGCCAACCAGCACUGCCCGGGAACCGGAGCAGAGGAGGCAGGGAAGGCGGCGGCGUGUGCGGGGUGUCCCAACCAGCAGAUUUGCGCCACGGCGCCCAAGGGGCCGGACCCAGACCUGGUGGCCAUAGCGCAGCGGCUGCAGGCAGUGAAGCACAUCGUGCUGGUGCUGUCGGGGAAGGGCGGCGUGGGCAAGAGCACGUUCGCCGCCCAGCUGGCAUGGCACCUGGCGCACCAGGACAAGCAGGUGGGCCUACUAGACAUUGACAUCUGUGGCCCCAGCGUGCCGCGCCUGAUGGGGGUGGAGGGGGAGGAGAUUCAUCAGAGCGCCAGCGGGUGGUCGCCGGUGUAUGUGGACGACCGCCUGGCCGUCAUGUCCAUCGCCUUCAUGCUGCCGCACCCCGAUGACGCCGUUGUGUGGCGCGGGCCCCGCAAGAACAGCCUCAUCAAACAGUUCCUCAAGGACGUGGACUGGGGCGAGCUCGACUACCUGGUUGUCGACUCGCCGCCCGGCACAUCAGAUGAGCACAUCUCAGCCGUUCAAUUCCUCAAGGCGGCUCACGUGGACGGAGCGAUCGUGCUCACCACCCCUCAGGAGGUGUCGCUGAUGGACGUGCGCAAGGAGCUGAGCUUCUGCCGCAAGGUCGGCCUCAACGUGCUGGGCGUUGUGGAGAACAUGGCGCACCUGCAGGUGCCUCUUUCCGCAGUGCGUUUCUCCCACCACCCCACUCACUCCGACACGCAUGCAAGCAGCGCCAGCAGUGCAGGCAGUCCAGCGGGGGAGGGUGGAGGCGAGGAGGAUGUGACAGCACGAGUGUUGCAGGCGCUGCAGGAGCUCUUCCCUGGCGGCACACUGAGUGUGCAGGCGGACAUGUUCCACGUGGGCAGCACGGGGGGGGGCGAGGCCAUGGCAGCAGCCAUGGGAGUGCCGUUCCUUGGUCGCGUGCCCUUUGACCCCUCACUAGGCCGCGCUGCCGAGGAGGGGCGCUCCGCUGCUCCUGACCAUGGCGACGACGCCGCUGCAGCUGCCGGUGGUAUCGGUGUUGCUGCUGCUGCUGCUGGUGUUGGCGGGGAUGGUGGAGCAGCGAAUGGGGAUGUGCGGAAGGUGGAGGGGCUGUCACCGGGUGCGGCUGCGCUGGGGCGGAUAUUUGACAGGAUUGUGGCCACCGUGGAGAGCAGCACCUGCAGAUGA